GGAGGCGUGUGUUUGGCAGUGUAAUCACAGAAGCGACUUGUGCAGCUCGACGACGGCGGCCCUGUUUUUUGCUAAAUAGAGCACGUACGAUAUAUAAGAACGCGAGCACGGUUUCGUCAGCAGCUAGUUUGUACUCUCGUUCUGAACCGUUAGCAAAAAGGACAACUUUGUCUUCAGCGAUAAGCGCCAAACGGUCUGAUAGAUCAAAAAUGAAUGCACUCAUCUUGACUUUCGCUCUGCUCUGCGCCGGUGCUUCCGCCCAGAUCUAUCUGAACCAACCGAUCGCCUUGGCGCUCCAACAUGAACCGGUUCACCAACAGGCCUCUCUGGCACAUCCGGCUGUGGUGGAAAAUGCAAUGAACGAGGCGCAGUACCCGGCCGAGUUCAGGAACAACAUCUACAAAAACCCACACGUUGCCGAAGCGCUGGCCAAGGAGUCCUGGUUCGGCGACAAGGAAAUGCCCGUGUUCGAGCGAGCCGCUGACAAAAUUCCCCGCGAGCGCAUCUUGAAGAUCUUCAAGAACGCCGGAUUCGUGCGUCGGCGCUAAGUGGAAGAGGAAAACCUGACCUGGCUUCUUGAUAUGUAGAACAAUUAUGAUGUCGGAAAAUGAUUGGUUGCCUCUCUAGUAAUGUUCGAUGCUGCAGUUGUUGUUGCCUGUCACCCUGUAAAUAUAGAAUUAGAAACUGUUCCUGAAUCAAUUUAAACUAAGUAUACUGAGUGUCUGUGUGUAUCUGGUAUUAUUUAUUUGUAGAAAAUAAAUGUAAUUUAUUGGAUCGAAAAA